AUGGCUGAACCAUCCACGUCAGAUGGUGAUGUGUUCCUGAAGCGCAGCAACAGCAAUAAAGACCUGAGACAUAGCUUUUCAGGGGAUCAUGUUCAACCACCAGAGCACAGGGGCAGCAUACAGAGCCUGCCACCUUCAAUUUCUGAAAUCAGGAUUGUGCUGUUGGGGAAACAUGAAGCUGCAAAGAAAAGACUCGUAAACGUCAUCACCAGCAACCAAGAGGGCCGUUUCCAAAAGCGUUCUCCGGUCGUCACCUAUGGGGAGUGGAGAGGAAAAUCUGUGGCAGUAGUGAAGACCCCAGACAUCUUUGGUUUAUCCAUCGAAGCACUGGAGGAAGAAAUGAGGAAAUGUGUGGCUCUUUGUCCACCUGGACCAAAUGUCCUCCUCCUGGUAGUGAAAUCUCUGACGUUCACAGAGAAAAAGAGGCAGACCUUAAUGUCAGCUCUGCAUCUGUUUGGUCAGGAAGCUUUUGAACACUCCCUGGUCAUAACGACUGAUGAAGCCAUCAGUACUCUGGUUAAUCAGCUGCUGGAGAAAUGUGGAGGAAGAAAGUACUGUUUGCUGGAGGAAAACCAACGACUGUUAAUGAGGAGGGUUACAAGCAUUGUCUGCCAUACUAAAGGAGCCUUCCUAACACUGACUGGAGAGUCCACCAGAGCUGGACCUGAACACACGGCUCCAGCUUUAAACCUGGUUCUGUGUGGGAGGAGAGAAGAGGAAAAGAUGUCAGCAGCAAAGGCCAUCUUAGGUCAGACAGAUCUUCAUUCAGCCUCCAGCUCCUCAGAGUGUGUUAAACAUCAGGGAGAGGUUUGUGGACGUUGGGUUUCCCUGGUGGAGCUUCCUGCCUUGUUUGGAAAACCACUGGAGGAAGUGAUGGAGGAAUCACUCCGAUGUAUCUCCCUCUGUGGUCCUAAGGGUGUCCAUGCCUUCAUCCUCGUCCUACCUGUGGGUCCACUCUCUGACAAAGACAAGGAAGAGUUCAAAACCAUCCAGAACUCAUUUGGGUCUAAAGUCAAUGAUUUCACUACGAUCCUGUUCACUUCAGAGUCAGAUCCUUCAGCUCCAGCUGUCGUUAACUUCCUAAGGGAAAACAAAGCCAUCCAGGAGCUUCUGCAGAGCUGUGGAGGGAGAUCUUUUGUUCUCAACGCCAAGGACUCGCAGCAGAUCCCAGAGCUGCUGGAUGCUGUGGAGAGAGAGAAGAGAUCAGAGGGAAGACCGAGCUGCUACACUAAAGAAACAUACACACAAAAGGACGAGGUCCCGUCUGAAGAAAAAGAUGCACCACAGAUGGAACUAGAAGACCGGGAAACAUUCAGCUUUGAUGAUGAAACGCUGAGUCCAGAGAGUCUCGGGAUUGUGCUGAUCGGAAAGACUGGAAGUGGAAAGAGCUUUUCAGGAAACACCAUUUUAGGCAGAAAGGAGUUCAAAGCUGAAAUGAGCCAAAUGUCAGUCACCACUGAAUGUCAGAAAGCACACGGUGAAGCUGACGGCCGUCCUGUGGUUGUGGUCGACACUCCCGGCCUUUUUGACACGAAUAUGUCCCAUGAAGAGGUCCAGAGAGAGAUCAUGAAAUGCUUUACUCUGCUAGCUCCAGGGCCUCAUGCCUUCCUGUUGGUGUUAGAAAUCGGUGCCAGACUCACAGACGAGGAGAGAGGGGUGUUAAAAUUCAUCAAGGAAGACUUUGGGAUGAAUGUUGAAAAUUUCACCAUCAUUCUUUUCAUGAAAGGCGACAUACUGGAGCACGAGGAGCUGACCGUUGAAAAAUACAUUAAAGAGAGAUGUGAUGAGUCCUUUAAGACUCUCAUUGCUGAGUGUGGAGACCGAUACCAUGUCUUCAACAACUAUGACAAGAAAAACCGCAAACAAGUGAGUGAACUGAUGGCAAAGAUCGAGACCAUGGUGGGAAAAAAUGGAGGAGGCUGCUUCACCAAUAAGGUGUUCCAAGAGGCUGACAGAGCGAUCAAAAAAGAGUUAAGGAAGAUCCUGAAAGAGAAGGAGAAAGAGAUGCAGACAAAGUGUGAGGGACUUACACAACAACAUGAGGACUACAUUAGAGCCAUGCAGAAAAGGAGUGAACGGCGGAGAGCAGAGACUGAACAAAGAGGAGAACAGAAAGCACGAGAGCUCAAGAGCGUUGAAGAAAAACUGAACCGGGAGCCUCAAAUGAGAGAGCAGGAAAGGAAAACAAUGAAUGAAGAAGACAAAAUCAAGAAAGGUCAGCAAGAGACUGAACGGCAGUGGUGGGAAAACAAGUUGAAAGUUUUGGAGGAAAAAAUUCAACAAAAUUCUGCAUCAGAUGAAGAGAAACAAGCAGAGCUGGAGCAGAGGCCCCCCACCCAAGGGACAGCUCCUGACAUUCCAGCAAGGUGUUCUGGGCAGUGCGGACAGAAGUCCAGGACGUCCAGGACGGAACCCAGGUACGCUCCUCAGGGCCAUAUCCCUCCCAAUCUACAAGAUAUUGCACUCCACAUCCAACUCUUCGAUACUUUAAGAUACGCCGUACUGUGUAGGCUGGUUGACCUCCAACCAUAUGGGAUGGAGGUGGACGCCUUACAGCUGGCAUGA